CGACAAAGAUCAGAUAAGGCCAAGCCAGAAGCUUCACCCCCACUGUAUAAAUUCAGGACUACGCAAACCUCAGACAUACUUGUUCAAAAAUACGCCCUUCAACUGCCAAUCAUUCACACAAAAGCUUUUCCAUCUUUUGACUAAUUGCAAUGACCUUCUUCUUCUCUAAUUUGGGUUCGUGUUGUCGUCCGACGGUGCUACGUCAAGCAGCCGAAUCAAACACCUCCACCACGCAGAUGACGUUAGGAGGGGCUGAUGAUGCUGGAGUUCAUGGGCCAUAUAAUCCAAAGGCAAAUAAGAAACCGACAUCCAAGUCUUCUGCGGCUCAUUGGAGACCGAGGCUCUUGGUUAUAUCAGAAGAUGCCGUGUUUAAGAGUGAUGAGAGAAAGGCUCAGUCUGAAAAGAAAUUGUCAAGUAAAAGUAGAUCAGCUGCUAUGACUCGCCGUUUCCGUAGAAACGAUGAGUAUGAGUAUGACUCCAGGAAAAGCUGUCCGUCGAUUAUGGUACCAGGGUUCUCUCCGACGCCGUUUAUGUUCUGAAUCUUGUGAUUGUACAUGAUCCAAAUUUUGCAUAUAUUAUGUAGAAUUUUGUAUCUUUAUGUCACUUGUGCUUUUCAUCUGCACUUGAUAAUGAUCCAUAUCCCUCUGGCUAAUAAUAAUUUUUAUUCAAAUGUUUUGGACGA